AUGUCCUAUAUUUCUGGACGUCUUACCGGCGUAGUGAAUUUCGAGGUCGAAAUUGAAACGGGUCGAACGCUGGUCACCAAACGAACUACAAUUUAUGCAGCCGGCCUGCACUUGUUCAUUUUCAUCACACUGAUUUACAAACUGAUUUAUGCGUUUGUCUUGACCAGCAUAUGGAAUUCUCCAAAUUCUCUUCAAGCCAACGUCUUCCUGUUGACAUCACGAUCUCGGAUGAUUUGUGUUUUCCUGGCUUUGGCCAGUCGAUGGUCCCAAGGCCGUACCUUUCUGCGGCUCUUCAAAUCGUUACGGCGACUUUGGCGGAGCAACCCGGACAUAAUCAAGCUCUGCCGCAGAAGUAUCGUUGGCAAGUGCUUGUGUGACAUACUGACGGAUGGCCUAAGUGGCAUAAUCAUUACCCUUUUGGUGCAAAAUCACCCAACUAUUUCUUGCACCCUUUUAAUCUGGCUCCUAUUCUGUCAGAUGGCGAUUGUAAAGGUGAUCGCAACACAGUAUUUCAUUGCCAUGGCGAUUUUCCGAGGGCACUACAUCCUGUUGAAUAAGGAUCUGAAGGCGAUUGUGGUCGAAGCACAAUCGUUAAUCCCUCUACGUAGAGGCGAAGUUUUCGAGACAAGAUGCCGCUGCCUGGCCGAUCGUUUGGAGCAAAUCGCCCGCAAGCAAUCUGAAUUACAAGAGCUCAUCGAUGUCUUUUCGAAAGCAUACCAAGGUCAGGUCGUAUGCAUUAUAUUUACGUACACUGUGAACGGAGUGGUACUUUUCUACACGCUGUUCAGCUUGAAAAAAUACAUUGACAUUAUGGAAAAUGGUUCAAUGAUCAUUAUAGUUAUAUGCAUUGCUUGCUUAGUCCUAUACGAAAUCAAUUGCUGGCUCAACGUGAAAAAUGUAUUUAACCUACUCGACGCCCACGAUAACAUGUUCGCACUACUGAGUCAAAGGACUCUCUUUCAGCCAGGAUUGGAUAACAGAUUGGAGACUGUAUUCGAGACCUUCACUCUGAACCUGGCCAGAAAUCCACUGCACCUGGCUUCACUUGGCCUAUUUAAAUUUGACCGCAGAUCAGUUUUUGCUGGCCAUCAGGAGGAUCAGGAGUAUCUGGAGCAUCAGGAGGAUCAGGAGCAUCAGCAGCGUGAGAAGUGA